UGGGCACAGGUGGGUGGCACUGGUGGGCACAGGUGGGUGGGCACAGGUGGGUGGCACUGCUGGGCACAGGUAGGUGGCACUUCUGGGCACAGGUGGGUGCACUGCUGGGCACAGGUGGGCGGGGCAGCUAGUGGGCGCACUGCAGGGCACAGGUGGGCGGAACUUGCGGGUGGCACUGCUGGGCACCGAUCAUCAGGGCACUGAUCAUCAGUGCCUUGAUGAUCGGUGCCGAUCCUCGCUCUGACAACUGCCGGUUCUCGGCAGUAAUUUCCUCACGAUCUGACAGCGUGAGGAAAGUGCAGCCGAGAACCGGCACUUGCAU